AUUGAAGGGAGGGUGACACGAUGUUGCCGAGAACAGUUCCGGGCAAGUGAGCAGUGUCCGAGCGCAGCCAUGGGCGCAGAAGGUAGUGGGAAGGAGGAGAUGCUGGAGCUGGCGACCGAGGCUUUCCGGGCGAGGGAUUUCCAGCUGGCCGCUGAUAUUUACGAGUGCCAGCUGCGGGCGAUCCGUGCCGGCCAGGAGGACGAGCGGGACGAGCUGAGGCUCAAGCGUGCCCACUGCCUGGCUCUCGGGGGCCGGCUGGCCGAAUCUCUGGAGGAGUACAAGCUCCUGUCGCAGCAGGGCAUCCUCCGACCGCAGCACCUGGAGGUUCUGGUCGAGCGGCUGGCGGAGGCUAUGAGGUCCAGCCAGGGUUGGACGGACGGAGAGCAGUCUGCCACACGCUUGCUGAGUUGCCUGAAGUGUACGGGCACCCUGUACGAGCCGGUCACCCUGCAGUGCGGCCACACUUACUGCAGGAACUGUCUGGAGAGAGAGCGAGAAGGCACCAGAGCCCCGUCAACUCACUGCAAACUUUGCAAAGACAAACUCCACGCCUCCGGCACCUACAGAAUCAACGUGGUUCUGAACAGUUUCUUAAACAAGUACUUCCCGGCAGAAACCAGAGCACUAACUCUUAGGAACGAAGGAAACGUCUUGUACAAGAAUAAGAAACCACAGGCUGCCUUAGAGAAGUACCGCGAAGCCAAUGCGUUAGCACCCAAAGACCAUUUGCUACUGAGCAACCGUGCACAAAUUAAUGCAAGUCUGAGACAUUUUGAAGACGCAUUGCAUGAUGGAAAUGCUGCCUGCAACCUGCAACCCACCUGGUCCAAAGGUCACCUGAGAAAAGCACAGGCACUUGCUGGACUGCAGAAAGUGGACCAGGCUCUGAAAGAGUAUAUAAUUUGUAUCACUUUAGAUUCAGAAAAUAAAACUGCAAAAUUGGAAGCUCAAAAGAUCCUGAGUGAUUUCCUGUCACCUAUUGCGGAAAAUAUGCGCCACUGUUUACCUGAUAUGAUGCAACUUUUGUCUCCACGAUCUCGUAUUAAGGAUACUGUUAAUUCAUUCAGCGCCAGCAAUGUAAUAGAAAACUCUUGCAAGGAAAAGAUAGAUACAACAGACAUUGGAGUCAGGAAAGAAUGGAAGGCUCACGCCUGUGGUAAUUUAACCAAUACUGUUCAAAUGAUGAGUGACAAUAAAGAUGCCCUGAAGAAUUCAUCCACCCCGCUAACCUUGACAAGUCUGGAACAAAAGAACACACAGAAAAGAAAAUAUGACCACAUUAAUGACGAUAAGGCUGAAAUAAUCGAAGGAAACAGCACAUGCUUCAGGCGAGCUCGAGCGCAGAGUCCCAGCAGAGAACACGAUACCCAAUCAGAUCUUGUGGAUCCCCUUGACUUGGAGUGUUCCCUGUGUAUGAGGUUGCUCUAUGAGCCCAUCACCACACCAUGUGGUCACACCUUCUGUUUGAAAUGUAUCGAGCGUUGUAUGGACCACAGUCCAAAGUGUCCUCUUUGUAAAGAAGUCCUACCUGAGUAUCAGACGCUGAGGAAGUACAGCAGGACUUCGCUAAUAGAGGAGCUCAUCGCCCAUUACUUGCCGGAGGAGCUUGCUGAGCGGAAAAGGGUGAACGAUGACGAGAUGGCGGAGUUAUCAAACCUCAACAAAGCAGUGCCCAUUUUCAUCUGCACCAUGGCCUAUCCGAACGUUCCCUGCCCGCUACAUAUCUUCGAGCCUUGUUAUCGACUGAUGAUUCGGAGAUGCAUGGAGUUUGGCAACAAGCAAUUCGGGAUGUGCAUGAGUGACCCAAUCAAGGGCUUUGCGGACUAUGGCUGUAUGCUGGAGGUCAGAAGUGUGGAGUUAUUUUCAGAUGGACGUUCAGUGGUGGACACAAUCGGCAGACGAAGGUUUAAGGUCUUGCACCAGAGUGAGAGGGACGGCUAUAGUACAGCUGAUAUUGAAUACCUUGAGGAUGAGAAGAUGGAGGGAGAGAGCUACACUGAACUUCUCAGACUGCACGACGCAGUUUAUGAUCAAGCGUACAAGUGGUUCAGCUCACUCAAGCAAGGACUGAAGACUCGAAUAUUGAGCCACUUUGGACCAAUGCCACGGAAGGAUACUGAUAUACAGGCAAGUCCCGAUGGUCCAGGAUGGUGUUGGUGGCUGUUAGCAGUGCUGCCAUUAGAAAACCGGGCUCAGCUUCCAUUCCUGGCGAUGACGUCUCUCCAGGACCGCCUGAAUGGCAUCCGACGCGUGUUGCUGUUCAUGUCUCGCAAUUGUCCGCGAUGACCAUCUGCUCAGCCUGGGUCUCGGUCCCUGUCUACAGGGUGACGUUGCCACCACACAAGUGAAAUUUUCGUACAUUCAUGUCUUACUGAAACAGUCCUUGAAAGGAUCCACGUAGCAAAGGGUGUACUACCAGGCCAAUGUGAAGUGUUACUGGUAAUAUAAUUUAGUACUGAACUCCCAGUACUUUCUAUUACAGCCUGAAUCCCAGUGAUAUUAUAUUAUUUUGAGAGUAUAUAUUUUUGUUAAGUCAUAUGUAUAUUUAUGAAUCAAUAUUUUUGUUUAAUUUUUAUGCUUUCUUAUCUAUUUAGAAUUCAAUUUGAGUAAUAUGCAAACUAUAAUACUGUUUGAAAUGAUUAAAGGACAUGUAGAGGGAAAUGCAAUAUUAAAAUUUGGAAUAUGAUACACUGUGGGGCACACAUUUGCAUGCAGCCCUUCACUUUGAAUGAAUCUUAAAACCUGCUUCUGGCUGCCACAAGUGAUAUUUUAAUAAGACAUAGAAUAUUACAGAACAGUAACAUUGGCCCACAAUGUUGUGACGAACUUUUGACCAAGUCUAAGAUCAAUCUAACCCUUCCCUCCUACCUAGCCCUCUAUAUUUCUAUCAUCCAUGUAGCUAUCUGAGAUUUUCUCAAAUAUCCUUAAUGUGUCUGCCUCCACCAGCAUCCCAGGCAGAGCAUUCCACACAACCUCCACUCUGUGUAAUAAAAACUUGUAUCUAACAUCCCCCUAUACUUUCCUUCAGUCACCUUAAAAUUAUGUCCCCUUGUAUUAGCCAUUUCUGCCUUGGGGAAAAAAAAAAUCUCUGAUAAUCAACUCGAUCUAUGCCUCUUCUCAUUUUAUACAUCUCCACCAAGUCGCCUCUCAGUCUCUUGCACUGAAAGAGAAAAACCCUAGUUCACUCAGCCUAUCCUCAGAAGACAUGUUCUCUAAUCUAGGCAGCAUCCUAGUAAAUCUCGUCUGCUCCCUCUCUAAAGCUUCCACAUCCUUCAUGUAAUGAGGGGACCAGAACCGAACAUAAUAUUCCAAGUGUGGUGUAACCAGAGUUUUAUAGAACUGCAACAUUACCUCACAGCUCUUAAACUCAGUCCUCUUGACUAAUGCAGGCCAACUCACCAUGCCCUUCUCAACUGUCAAGUCAUCUCCCCAUUCUCCUUUGCUCCUAACAGAAGAGCCUUUGCUCAACCUAUCCUCACAAAACCUGUUCUCUAAUCCAGAAACAACCUUGUAUUGUGCCAACCCAUUCUGAACCCCCACAAUUUCCCCAGUUAAAACAUGAUUUAAAUAUCUUUAGUGGUCAAAAGAAGCACCUGUCUUCCAUAAAUGUCAUUAUGCCCAUCAUCAGAUAAUGGCCAAGUCUUGGGAAUGUUUGCUUUUUUUUCUACUUGAAGAGAUGUUGCACCUUAUCUUGUUAUAUUAUCAGUAACAUUUGGUUUAACCUGGUUUUGUUUGAGUUGAACAUUCCGUCCCAUGCGUGUUUUCAUUAAGCCAAAGUAAAGAUAUAUUUAUUUAUUAUCUUAUUUUUGCAGCAAACUAUGUAGUGUGUGUUUGAUGUGUGAAGUAAUUACCCUGCUGUUCCAAUGAUAACUCAAUUCUUCUGUUAUUGUCUAAGUGAAACUCUUGGGCUCAAAACACUAAAGUGGAUUAGUAACAGAAGUUUUAAUUUACAUUCUAAUUAUAUAGUGUGUCAUUUGGUGUGUAUGUUUUACAAAUGCUGCAUCAAAAUCAUAAUUAUAAUUUGGAUGUUUUAUGCAGUUAAGGGAUUUAUUUUGCCUAAACACGACCUUGAUAGUCAAUGCCUCUAGCCUUAAUAACUAUUAAUUCCAUCUCCAACUUGUAGUGAAUCUUGAUUAUCUGAGGUGAAUUUCAAUUGACCCUACAAUCUUUCAUGUCUGAAUGUAACAAAUAGCCUUGGUGUAAAUACUUUGUGCUGUGAAGUUAUCUUGGGGUGGGGUGUUAUGUAAGAGGUAAAGACCAAGUAUUUUGUGCUGGUUUAUUCUGGGGCAUCUCACCAUCACCAGUCAUAUUUGGAUUAAGCAAGACCAGGUCGCAGAGUGCCGUUAGAAUCAAAGCCUGCAUUAUUUACAUGUGCACUGUGUUCUGCGAGCCCUCAGUGGGAGAUUUUUAUCGUUGAGAGUAAUUGAACAGAGCAGAGCAAACAAUUUUCAUCACUAUCUUUUUUGCUUCCAGAUGAGCAUUUUGAGGUGAUAGUUUAGCAAGGAAAGCAAGUUAGUGUCUAAUUUCAAUUAAACAACGUGCCUAUUUAAUCCAUGUUUAACUAAAACUAUUCACGCUGACAUUUCAGUUAUCCUCCUUGUCUAACGUUUCCUCCCCCUAGAACAGCUUGCUUUUCCCAAAAUAAAUGUAAUUUGCGUUAAAAGGAAAUAGAAGUUCCAGAAUUACUCAUUAUUAUUAUCUUCUAUUCUUUACAAACAAUGGCCUCGUGUAAUGCUGAGCUACGUAUUCUGUUAAUGAUGAGCAACUGAAGUUGAUUUUUUUAAAAAUGCCCUUUCAUCGUAGCAGGAACUAGAAUUUUGUUCUCCUGUCGUGUAUGAACAGCUAUGUUUUUAUGUCAUGUAGAAUUCAAUAGUAACUUAAAACUAUGAGGUUGGCACUCCAGACAAGAUGGUCCUGGCCAAAAAUAGGUGCACGGAGGUGAGUGAGGAAGUUGAUUACACCAUUUCACCGUGAAGCAACUUGGGUCCACAAAGUGAAUAAAGGUGGCUGAGGUUAAUGGUCUUCCUUAAACUAUCCAGAAAAAUGAAGAUGUACUGUACUUUGACCCAUGUUGUGAGGACAGGACUGUACCGUUUAGCCACAUGAGCACUGCUCGUUUAAAUUUUGGCUGAUUUAGAAAUAGCUCCACCUUGGUAUCAUAAUCCUUGACAGCACUGCUAAACUAAAGUGACUUUUUUUUGCCAUUUACCACUGACUAGCCCCUCCCCAGUCUCCCCCACCCAAUCUCCCACACAUACACUCUUACAGUGAAACAUGCAUACACGCUCAUUCAGACAUGUACAGUCUUGCAUGCAUGCACUCUGAAUUUUACACAUACCCACAGUAAAGCACAGGCUCUUACGAACACACUCACACACCCACACACCCAAGCACAGUCCACAUUCUCGCACUCUUACAUACACUCAUACACCUAUGUAUGUAGUUUCACGAGCACUCUCUUAUGCGCACACACACACACACACACACACACACACACACACAAACACAAACACAAACACACACACACACACACACAAACACACACACACACACACACACACACACACACACACACACACACACACACACACACACACACACACAC